UUUUUCUUUGCCUAAAAUAUGUCAACGCAAUUUCUUUCAAAAUUAAGUCAAAAUUAUAUUAAGUUAUUAGAUGACGAUGAAUAUUAUGAUAUCACUAUCGAAGUCGGCGAAGAUCCUAAUGUAAAAAUUCUACGUGCGCACAUGAGUAUUUUGUGUUACCGUUCUCCAUACUUACGAAGGAUUUUGGCUUCUAACAAAAAUCGAAAUAAGGAGAAUAUAUUAUCUCAUAUUAAAUUAUCAAAGAUAUCGCCCGAAGUUUUCCAAAUUAUCUUAAAGUAUAUCUAUGGUGGUACUCUUUCAUUGAAUGAACAAGACACUUUAGAAAUUCUCAAAAUUUUAAUCGCUGCGGAAGAGUUGCUUCUUCAAGAAUUAGUUGAUUAUUUACAAAAAUAUU